AUGAGAACGCGGAGACGGUGGCGCGCGCUGCCGCGGAGGCGAUCCCCCGACCUCGCCCAGAACGAGCGUCACUGCGUGGUUACCACCGACAAGGGAAACGAGUUCCGCACCCUGGAGAGGAACGUGCCUUGGGGCGUGGUGCACCGGCAGAAGCGCCCGGACAGAAACGUCACCGCCGUGAAGGAUCUCGCAGGCGAGAUGCCCCGCCGGGGCGGCAAGUGGGACGAUCACGUCGCCGAUGCCACGGAAGCCUGCAACGCGCGUCCGCACGAGACCGUACACGCCGCGCCCGACAACGUAGAGACCCAGUCCGCCAUCCAGUUCAGAGCUCUGACGGAGGGGCGUCAGACGCGGCUGCAGCAGUCCAGGUACGAGGCAGCGUUCAGCCCCAAGGCGGUUCUCACGAGGCGGCCUGCGCCCGCACCUGUGCGGCAGCUGCGAGACUUCAACCGCGCACCGCCGGCAAAAAAGCGGGGCAAGGGGGCGGAGCAGGGUCUCAGAGAACUCAACUGA